CCGCUUUUAAUCCAUAGAGCAAAAUGCACGUCCAGCAGACACUCACCGAGCAUAUCACUUCAACUUCCUGAGCAAUCCUGGUAGCCGCUAGAGAGCUAUAGCUGUACCAUUCAACCAUGUCUUCAAGCUCAGCAAGAGAGGUUGCAGCAGAGAGAUCACGGAACUCCUGCAGCGGCUUCGCUAGGACCGUGGCGAGGCUCCCGGCCAGCAUCGUCCAAGGGCUGUCGAGGUCGAUACCUCGCCGUGCUCCGAGGAGCCGCCCACGGGGCGUCCAUGUUCACCAGCAGCAACCGCCCCAAGCGCCUCCACUUGCACCUCCUUCUCCUACUCCUCCUUUUGUCCCGGAGGAGCUCUACUUCUUCAGCGCAUUCGAGCAGCAGUACGGCAGCCACCACCCCUUCUUCUACGGGUGCCGUUUCGGCGAGGUCCUGGGGAUCGCCCGGCGAGAGGGCAAGCACGUGUUCGUGUACCUCCACGAGCCUGACCACCCGUACACCGGGCCCUUCUGCCGGAGCACCCUCUGCUCCGACGUGGUGGUGGAGUUCCUCGACGCCAACUUUGUGUCCUGGGCAGCGGUCACCGGCAGAGGAGAAGGGUCGGGCAUGGCCGCGUCGCUGCAACCCGGCUCCUUCCCGUUCUGCGCCGUCGUGGCUCCGGUCUCCAGCGAAAGCAUCACAGUCCUACAACGGGUAGAAGGGCCAGUUACGCCGUCAGAGCUCGUGGAGAUACUACAGAGAACCAUUGACGAGCAAAGCGUGGCUUUCAGAGCCUUGACGGCCAACGAGCAAGCUGCAGCAUUCAGAGCCUCCAGGGCUGAGGAAGAAGAGAGGAGAAGAUCGGCUCUACGAGUAAGACAAGAGCAGGACGCCGCUUACCUCGAGUCGCUUUGGAAGGACCAGGAAAAACAAAGAUCCACCAAGGGUCUUCACGAGGGAAUCGUUGUAAAGCCAAAGGCAAGCCCGAAAUAUCAAUGUCAAGCAGCAACAGAAACAGACAAGACAACUCAGAUUAGAGCACCGACGCAUAAGGAAACUGCGCCUUCACACAGAAAUGAAGCAAAUACCAAGAUAAUGAUAAGAUUUCCCAACGGCCAGAGAAGUCAGCAGGGUUUCCUUCACACAGAUACAAUAAGAGAAAUCUACACGUAUGUCAAUUCCUUGGGCAUACCAGGAAUAGGACAAUAUCAACUUGUGCGGAGCUACCCAAGGAAAACUUACGGACAUCAGCAGCUGGCGAUGACUCUUCGAGAUGCAGGUUUCCAUCCAAGUGUGACUCUGUACAUUGAGAAACUUCAGUAAACAUGUCAUAAUCACGAAACCAGAUACAAAUUUGAUGCAAAUGAUGUAACACAAA